UGCUAGUAGAGAUUCUGCGUAAGCGUCAAAGCAGGACAAAAUGGCAGGCGUGGCCCCAGUCGAAGACAGUUAUUUACAGAGGAUAACGUCUAUUCAGAAAAGCAUGCACCGGAGGGAGAAACAAAGGCUGCAUUUGGAAACGCAGCUUUUUGCUUACCCCAGUCCUAACAAACGAAUCUCUCACAUAAAGAGUUAUCUCAAGCAAAUCUGUGUCAGGGAAGCACAAGCGAAAAUGAGAAACCUUGAGCUUUUGAGAGAUGUGGAGUGCCUUCGCAUUAGCAUGCAGCAAUACAGUCCAAACCUUUUCCCCUUGCAACAACAAAAGGAUGAAUUUUCAAGUAAGAUUGUUAGAUUUAUGGAAGUCAUGAAGACAGCAGGCAACACAAAGCUGAAACCUAUCCAAGAUAACUGCAAGGAUCACUUGGUCCUUCACACAGCAAAGGAUUUUACAAAUGGACCUGUGGUCAUUUCGAGGUACCACCAAACCUCCAGUCCAGGGUCCAGUGUACCUUCACACCAAGCUUUGCAGCGUUCACUGUCACCCGGUCGAAGCAAAAGACAACCAAGUGGCCUUUUGAAGGACUUUAGAGUUGUCAGAGAGGAUGCAACCGCCAACCCAGCACAUUUAUCAGAUGGCAUUUCAGCUUCAGAUAAUUCUCCCAGUGUCUGUAAUAUGAGUGACAAACAUUCAAGAAUGUCAGCAGCGCUCCAAUCUUGUCGUACAACAAUAGUACCUGACAACGUGUGUUUUGCGAAUGAGGACGAACAAGAACAUGCUCUCGUGGUGACCUUAAAGAGUCCCCAGAAGAAUACAUCUAGAGGCAGCACCAAUAACUCAAUGAAGCUCAAGAAUCCCCCUGCUGAAAAUACUAACUCCGGAGAGAUUGCUCCUCAAAUGCCCUUAAUGGAAGAUUCACUGAGAGGUUUUAGCCAUUUGAUGCCUGAAGCCUCCUCUGGAAGAAAAACAGAAGAUGUCUCAGGCAGAUCUGGGAGUGUCAGCUCAAGCUCUGAUGUGCAGUUGUCCGAGAGCAGUGUGAGUGACCUGUCCAUUUCUUUGACACAAUCUGAGCCAGAAGAUGAUGAUCCUGAAAGCGAAGGAACUGAAAAAAAUACCCACUCGGAGGGAAGCUGGUGUGGCCCCGUCACUACCCUCAACUCUAAUGGCUCCAGGAACACACCUCACUACAGCCACAAAAUACUCUCCCGAGAAGGACUCUUUAAACUACUAGACUCCAUUGAAGAGCGACUCUGUGGUGAACAGACAAGGGUGUACAGAGAUGUUUCAUUUGAUGGAAGACAACUCAUUCGAAUUAUCAGCCUUUGUAACAGUGGAGCGAGCUUGAAUGAGGAAGACCUUGAAGCAUGCGGUGCAGUGGUGCUUCAUGAGCUUCAGAGGUUGUCAUGGAGCACAGCGAAGGGCUGCCUGCUACCACAGGAGCUUGUGAGUGCACAUCAGUCUACCCGUGAGCAUAUUACUGUCAGCCUCCAUGCUGAUGCCGCUCAGCUGUGGGAUCGCUGGUUCAAGCACGCCCUUCUGCUUAAGGAGAGCCGUGUCCUCAGCGCUGAGCGCUUGGUCGAGCUGUUCACGCCAUUGCUUGUGGAGCGCCAUGCAACGUACAGCCACCAGGCCAAAGUGCUGCUGAGGACACUUCUGACCCGGUCCAGUGAGGAGAGCCCCUCAGCAGAUGAUGAGAAUGACUCGUCUUCUUCUUGUGGCCUUCGUUCUCAAAGUGGAGAUGCAAAGCCUCCCAGUAAGAUCCAAAAGCAACCGCUCAAAGAACUACAAAGUGCUGAAGAGGACAGCCAGGACGAAAGCCCCGUGGAAAGUGUUCCUAUUAGAGAGACAAAAGCGUAUCAGUUGCUUAAGCUAUCAGCCAUGCAAGAACGGCUGCAGAGUUCUGAAGAAGAAGAAGAAGAAGAGGAGGAUGGCCAUUCAGGAAUAAAUCAUGGCCGUGAAGUGGACCUUGGGAGGGCCAAAUGCUCCUCAGAUCAAGACCCUUGCCGACGGAAGAACAAUGUGAACCCAAAGAUUUAUUCUGCUCUGCAGUCAAAUGCACUGUGGGGGGACUCGGAUGACAGCAACUCUGAGAUUGAAGCAGCUUUGCGUCCUCAACAUUUCAACAACACAAAGGACAGCGAUGACACAGAUGACUUUUAUAACUGACAUUAGGCGGGAGAUGUGUUUUUGACAAAAAAAAAUGUGUUGAUAUCAAAGCAGCAAUUCACACAUAUUUGCUAAUCCAUCCAUUUUGUGUAACUUCUUCUUACUAGGGUUGCAGGUAUGCUGGAGCCUAUCCCAGCUGUCUUCAGGCAAGAGGUGGAGUACAGCUUUAUUAAUGUAUAUUACUUUAUUACAUCUCGAUCACUGUAUUAGUGGUUUGCAUUGUAAACUCCUGAAAACCUAAAGUUGACAACUCACAUUGGGUAAAACAUGUUAAGAGUUGCUCAACACUCUGAUGUUAACCCUGCUUCAGUCUCUUUAUCUGAACAACUCUCCCCGCUCAUAAUAGCAGCUCGAAAUAGAUUAAACAGAUUUUUUAAAGCGAUUUGUUUGCACUAGGCUAGAAAUCAUGCAUUUUGAAUGCCGCAAGCAUCUCCGAGUGCUCUGCCUCCAGCAUGCUCGAGUGUAGUGAUGUGAGUCACCUGUGAAAUGACAAAAACACAAUGGCCACUCUGCACGUUGCCACACAACCUGUGAACCUCCUGAAGAGGCCCGUCCCUCCGCUUCUCCUCCUCCCCGUCGGGGUACAAAGUGUUACCACAAGCAAACUCCAAUUGUUAGGACCAAUUUUGACCUGUUAUGAUUACAUCUGCUUUUUAAUUGUUGAAAUUAACAUAUAUUUCCAGUUUGUUUGUAUGCGUACAUGCAUACAUCAUUUGAAUUAAUACCAAAUGUGCUUUAUUCCAUUUUAUUGUACUUCUGUGUUUGUAUUUUGGCCAAACUGCUGCGAAAACGCAAAGUUUUACUUCCUGGUAAUUGUUGUUGAAAUGCUGUUCUUUAAUAAAAUUAAAAGGCAGCAUUUCAUAUGACAAUAGGAAGUGUCAUGUCAUCUUUCACUGUUGUAAAGUGAAAGAUGACAUAUUAAAGGAAAUAUUGCAUUAUGAUGAUAAAUUUGUGUAUGCGGUUAAUUGGCUUCCAGACCAAGCCAUUAUAAGUACAUUUCCACAAAGUGGGAUCCCUUUUUUAUGAAUGGAAUAUUUCCAUAGUUAUGGCCUUUAAAAGUAAACCCUGUUUACGAUCUUCUAAAUAUUUUUUUAGGUCAAUCUGUCCAAUCCACUUUAUUUGAAAGUACAUGUUGAAGUACAUUUUAUAAACAGUUUCCAAAGUGCUGCAACAGAUUGAUUGAUUGUUUUGAUAUGAAUGUGUGGAUUACUGGAAGUGAUGUCUGGGGUUCAGAGUUUAAGUGCAUUACGGCCGCAACAGUACCCCCUGUUAUUGUAUGAUUAUUAUGUUAUUAUUUUUGUGCCUGAUAAUUCCAACCAGAAAUAAAAUCCUGUUGUUGCGGCAAUCAAGUCUGAUGCCUU